AUGACUGGACCGGUCAGCACUCUGUUGAUAGCUUUGGUCGCGGUCUUCGGAUUCCCCGUGACAUCGGUCCACUCAGCAGAGCCCAGGAUCAUAGAGGGACCGAGGAACACAACCGCGAUUCAAGGGCACAAGGUUCUCCUCCACUGCGUAAUAUCCUUAGCCGGAACGAGUGUCGAUGGCUUCGUCUCGAACACGAGCAGUUCCCCCGCAUCCACAUCCACGCCUUCAACGAAUUCGACGCUCAAUGCCGAAAUCAACGAGACCAGGGUGACAUGGCAACAUGACGGUCGUAGUCUCCACACCAGCACUGAAGGGAGCACAUGGCGUGUUUUGGCCAAUGGCUCGUUACUAUUGGACUCCGUGGAGCACGUGGACGGCGGUCCAUAUCGAUGCAUCGCGAGGAAUAAGGAUGGGGUGGCGUUCAGCCAAACCGCCCACAUCUUCGUACACUAUCCUGCAAAAAUCAGCGGUGGACGCCGUUGGUUCAACGUCACGUACGGGCAGAAACUCCUCCUCGAGUGUCAAGCUCGGGGUGAGCCUGCCCCUCAAAUCAUAUGGCUCUUCAACGGAGAACUGCUGAAGAACGUCAAACCUUCAUUAUCGCACUCCUAUCUUUCUAUCAACGCCACGCAAGAUGCGCAAUACGCUUGCGAAGCCUCGAACCGAGUUGGCCCAAACCAAACUCUAGUCACACAACGGAAAGUUUACCACGUCUUCGUUCCUAUUCGACCCAGCACAACAGUCGAAGGUCCAGACAUGGUUCGGCACAAUAAAGGCGUUCUAGUACACGAUGGCGAUCACCGCCGGAAGCACGUCACUUCAGACAGACCCGAGGGCUUUUGCUCAGCGUAUGCGGGCACCGUGUGUUCGAAGUACCUGGGGAAAGCACCGCAUCUCGUGUACUACGAUAUCCCCGCUGACCUAUCGUCAGUGAUGAUCAACGAGCAAAUAACAGCAGCUCUCUGGGACGAGCUCGUCCGUCCGCUUCAGCAGCCAUGCAGAAAUGCCGCUGAAGUUCUUUUAUGUCAUUACGCUUUCCCGAAGUGCGAAUGGAAGGCGGGAACUGCUUGGGCGAAGCCUCUCUGCAGAGAGGACUGCGUUGCGGUGCGCGAGUCGUUCUGCUACAACGAGUGGGCGAUGAUCGAGGACAACAAACAGAGAGGGAUUCACUUGACGAAUCGGGGACACUUCCGAUUGCCCUAUUGUGAAAAAUUACCAUCCGUACACGAGAAUCCCAACGGAUGCUCCCAUGCCCACAUCACCGAUUUCCGGCAUGAUGAGGUCACCACGACGUGCGUCCGGGGCCGCGGGCGCUUCUACCAAGGAAAAGUUAAUGUGACGAAAUCUGGGAUAACCUGUCAGGCGUGGGAUGCCCAGGAGCCACAUUCACACAACAGACCGCCGAUGGUGUUCCCGGAAAUUCGAAACGCUGAAAACUUCUGUCGGAAUGCCGGUGGUGAAGAACCGACACCCUGGUGUUACACAUCCGACCCGCGAAGACGUUGGGAACACUGCGAUAUCCCGCUCUGUGAGAACAUCAGCUCGAUCGUAUCGAUACCCGAGCAGACCCGCAACGAUGUGUUUUUGCUUCCUGGUGGGCAUCCUCUAGUGCUCACACCUCCGGUGAUCGCCUUGGCUGCAGCUGUUGGGGUGGGCGCCCUGCUGUUCAUCUUCCUGCUUUGUCUCCUUUGCAAGAAAAUCGCAUUCUCCAAGCCCCGUUCUGUCAGUUCGUCGAUCCACAACACCGCGGUUUAUGCUGCGCCAAACGGCAACUCUGUGGGACUCUGCAGCAUGGUAGACAUCGACCUUACGAAGCUUCCGUCGAAUCUCACCUAUCACCAAACCGAAGCUAAACUCAAUCCCAAACUGGAGAAACUCGAAUAUCCCCGCAACGACAUCGUUUACAUACGGGAUCUUGGCCAAGGGGCGUUUGGGAGAGUUUUCCAGGCCAAAGCUCCGAACAUCAGGAAAGGAGAAGACUUCACCGUUGUCGCUGUCAAGAUGCUCAAGGACAACGCCUCCGAUGAACUCCUGCAGGACUUCGAAAGGGAGGCUUGUCUCAUGGCCGAGUUCCAGCACCCGAACAUCGUCAAACUUCUCGGCGUGUGCUGCAUCGGUAGUCCCAUGUGCCUCAUAUUCGAGUACAUGGAGCGCGGCGAUCUCAAGGAGUUCCUGAGAUCGUGCUCACCCUCGAACUAUAUCGUUCGAUCGGGCUCAACGAACGUGUUCACCGAUUCGAGACUCAGUUUUCUCGACCAGCUGGACCUCGCGGCUCAAAUUGCCGCUGGAAUGGUCUAUCUGUCGGACAUGAAGUUCGUUCACCGGGACUUGGCCACGAGAAAUUGCCUCAUCUCAGAGGAUAUGACGGUGAAGAUCUCCGACUUUGGAUUGUCGCAGAAAAUCUACACAGCCAACUACUACAAAGGAAGCGAACAUGACGCCGUUCCCAUACGAUGGAUGCCUCUCGAAGCAAUCCUCUAUAAUCGAUUCACUGUUGAGAGUGACAUCUGGGCAUUUGGUGUGGUCCUCUGGGAGAUUUUCUCAUUCGGGAUGCAGCCGUAUUUUGGGAAAACCCAUGAGGAAGUCGUUCGUUACGUGAAGGAGGGCAACAUUCUCUCUUGUCCCGACGGCACCCCAUCAUCAGUAUACGCGCUCAUGAAAGCUUGUUGGAACCCCAAACCGAAUAGUCGACCUAACUUCAAGACGAUUUUCAAUUCGGUCAACACAAUCAGAGACGACUUCCUCAAAAAGCAAGGCCAAGUUAUGAUGUGAGCAGCCCGGAGCCUCUCCUGACUUGAGAGACGAACCAGAUUCACCGGAAGGGCCUGAAUACAUCAAGCGACUCAUCCUUGGACCCUUCGACCCGUGUAGAGAAAGUUCCCGUGUAAAAAUUGUACAGAGAAUCCCGCAGAUAAUGACAUGCUCAGAAGUACAUAGAUCGCUGAGAGGGAAUCGUACGGAAAUUCAGCUGUAGGGUCACAUUGGCUGAGUGAAAUCAUCAAAGAUCUGAGGUGUGCGGCAGAGAAUAGGA